AUGUUGACUCGAAUAGCGGCCAUACAGCUUCAAUGCACAAGCAAUAUCGAUCAAAAUAUCUCAAAAAUUACUCAUCUUGCAAAACAGGCUCAAAAUGCCGGUGCAAAAAUGGCAUUUCUCCCCGAAUGCUUUGAUUUCGUUGAGUCGUCAGUCGAAGAAUCUUACAGUCAAGCAGACCUGAUUACCGGACGAGUCAUCACCCAAAUCUGUUCUUUGGCUAAAGAAUCAAAAAUGUGGUUUUCAUUGGGCGGUUUUCAUACAAAAUUUCAUGUUGGAAAUUUGAUAUCCCCAAGAUUAAAAAACACGCAUCUCAUAAUUGAUUCAGACGGGAAAAUAGUGGAAACAUACCAAAAAAUUAAUCUUUUUGAUAUGCCUGGGAAAUAUCAAGAAAGUGAAGUCAUUGAUGGUGGGAAUACACUCGUAUCGCCCGUGGAAACUCCCGCGGGUUUGUUAGGACUUCAAAUAGUAAAAAAACGUUUUAAAACAUUGCUUAGUGCUUUGAUCUACGUUUUCCAGAAUUUGCUCUAA